AUGCCGGGAGAGACCGGAUUCCCGCUUUUGGCCCAAAGAAUAACCAUCAACCCACACUAUGAAGCUUUUAUAUCCCGUAAAUCCGAUCGGCUCAGCGCCCGGAAUCUCCUCCACCUUGAAAGCAGGCUUGUAUACCUAGAGUAUAAACUAGAUCAGGCGGAUGAGCAAGCUGCACUUGGAUCAGAUAAUGAAACACGCCGUUCUAUCCGAGCCUGGGAGGCCUUUGAACAGAACUCGGAGGAUAAAACCCGCCCUGAACAUAAUAGGAUGAAGCUAGUAGAGGAAGUCAGCGAGAGAUUGAAAGAAUAUCAAGAAGCACUGCUGCGUCAAAGCCAAAUAGCAGCGCUGGAAGGGCCUAGGAAACGGGCUUUCGAUGCUUCUAGUCGACAACCCAUCCUAGCGGGCCUUGCCGAGAAACGGCUCUCCGAACAUAAUCUUCGAGAUCUUGCCGCCUUUGGACGGACGCCUGAUAAAGAUCUUCUCUUACGAUUCUUACAAGAUUAUUGGAUGUUUAAGACGACAAAAAUCACAGAUGGGGCCGAGAAUAUCAAUGAGAAUCAUGUUGCUUGGGUAACAGAUAUAAUUAGCACCGUCGUGGCAGCAAUCCUCCUGCUUGGAGCUAUAGUACUUUUACGUUUUCUAACCUAA